GGUAUGUGGAUGAUGACUGAGCUGGAGAGGGCACUACUGCAGGGAACAAAGACACACCGACACAUCUGUAUCCGAGCUGGGACUGAGGACACUCACCAGCCACUUUAUUAGACUUUGGAACGUUCUUAUAACUUUAAGAUUUGCGGAUGGAUGAAGCUGCCUUCUUUUGUGCCAAUUACUGCCACCGUUUCCCUUUACGAUGUGACUCCAUGACACGUAUGCUUCUGAUGAUAGUGCUUCUGAUGAGUACAGACGCUGAAGCUCUCCGGGUGAUUGGUGGAAAUGUGAAAGUGGUUCAAGGAGGUACCGCUAUGUUAUCGUGUUAUGUCAUGGAUACCAAUGAUGACCUGACACAGAUUACCUGGCAGAGGAGGACGAGAGAAAAACCUCACAAUGACAAUUUUCUAACUAUCCUACCCAGAGAUGGACCACAGUUUGUCAGUGAACGUGAUGAUCGAUUUAAAUAUAUUGGGAAUUUUAAUGACAAAAAUGGAACUCUCCAGUUAUCCAAUGUUGCCCUGAAGGAUGAAGGCAGCUACACGUGCAUCUUCACCUUGUUUCCCAGUGGAAAUCAGAAGACAGAAAUACCUCUAAACUUGCUUGUGCCUCCUUUCACAAGCAUCAAGGACAAUCUUCCCACUUUGGGCACAGAAGAGGUUUUAUUUGCUACCUGCACGGCUGCUGGA